GAAGAUAAUUGAGCGUAAAAGUGGGAACUUUAAACGAGGAAGUGAAGUAGGAAUGGGGAGCAACCUAAAUGCGGUGUUCUACGCCAAGAAGUACCAUCCAAUUCAAUCCGGCAGCAUCGACGGCACCGAUAUUCUUCCCCACGACAACGCUGUCUACCGGGCACUCCUCUGCUCCAAUGCCGGCCUCUAUGAUCCUUUUGGAGACGCCAAAGCCGUGGGUGAUCCUUACUGCACUCUCUUCGUGGCUCAUCUCUCUCGCGUCACUACCGAACACACUCUUCGCGAGGUGAUGAGCAAAUAUGGAAGAGUGAAGAACUUGAGAAUAGUUCGCCACAUUGUAACAGGUGCUUCAUGUGGUUAUGCCUUUGUUGAAUUUGAAACAGAAAGAGAGAUGCGGCGGGCAUACAGGGAUGCUCACCAUAAGAUUGUUGAUGAUUCUGAAAUUAUAGUUGAUUACAACAGGCAGCGGUUGAUGCCAGGUUGGAUUCCAAGAAGGUUAGGAGGAGGACUCGGUGGCAAAAAAGAAUCUGGACAACUUCGAUUUGGAGGCCGUGAGAGACCAUUUCGUGCCCCAUUGCGACAGAUACCCUUCGAUGACCUGAAAAGGCUAGGAAUAGAACCUCCACCAGAGGGACGAUAUAUGACUCGCUUUCAGGUUCCAUCACCACCUCGAAGAGAAAGGAGCUCCGGAGACAGUGAAGGUUCCCCUCGCAAGUACAACCAAAACAAGCGUUCUCAUCAUCAUCAGCUGGAGAUGUCAUCUAAAGAUGAAUGUGAUUCCAGUAGGCACAAAUAUUCCAUGGGCAGAGAGGGUGCCUCUGGCAAGAACCUUAAGCGCAGAACAGAAAGAUCAUGUAGUCCUGACGUUUCAUCUGACCGUUCAAGAGAUCGGGAAGAACGCUACUCCCUCCAACACCGAAAGCAAAGUAGGCGCAGUAGUAGCCGGCAGUCCUCUCGUCAUGACCGUUCAUCUGUUGAAAGCUCGAUGCACAGGGAAGAACUUCACCAUGUACGCAGGUCAUUAUCAUAUCAAUAUGAUGAUAGGUGGUCUCCUAGCAGGAAGAGGUCACCGGUUGAUUAAGAACCACUGCAAAUUUACCAUUGCAGUUUGUAAAAUACUCUGUAGAGGAUAUUAUUACGUUGUGGAGAGGCAGAGUAAUUUUAACUUUGGUAAGGCACUCAUAAGUCAUAAGUCAUCAGUCAUGGGUAUAAAUUUCAGUUUAUUUACUAUGUACUAUCCUCUGUUAUUUAAUUUUUGCAACACUUUAUAUUAGUAAAAAUUAUAAAAAGUUGAUAUUUUGGAAA